AUGACCAUCCAGGGUGUAUUACAGAAAGCAGCAAUCUGCAUCGGAUCCGUCUUCAUUGCGCGAUGGGGCUUCCACAUAGUAUCCUGCUUUCACUUCUACUUCCUGCGCCGCACCGGUGUCAAACAAUACCUCACCGGCGCUGAUGGCAGCGCCUCGAAACCUGCAUGGGCAUUCAUCACAGGCUCAACCUCGGGUAUCGGUAAAGCUCUCGCCCUGGAGCUCGCCGGCCAUGGCUUCAACAUCGUCCUCCACGGCGCGAACGAGGGCCGGGUCGAAGCUGCCAAGCGUGACCUCCUGGCGCGGUUCCCCGGCCGGUCUGUGCGGACGCUGGUGCUCGACGUCAAGCUCUGCCUCACGCUCAGCGAUCCGGACCUGACCACGUUACUCGACGGUGUGGCAGAGAAGUUCAGCGACAUUGACGUACGCAUCCUCGUCAACAAUGUCGCCACUCCUCAAUUCCCCCCAGCGGAACGACCGCCGUACGAGCGCUUAGAGAACUGCACAUUCGAGCAGCUGCGCACGAGCGUCGUCAUCAACGCAGCCAGCCAUCUGCUCAUCACGCGCGCCAUCUUCCCCAACAUGCUGAAGCACUCGGCCUCAUCGCCAUCGCCAGGAGUAGGCAUCACCACACCCAGAUGCCUGAUUGUCAACAUUGGCAGCAUAGCGUCGCGCUUCCCCAACUUCCCCUCCUACGCGCCCUCCAAGGCAUUCACCAUGCGCUCCGCCGACCUCCUCCGCCUCGAGAACAUGUCCUACCCGCCCGGCCCCGGGACCGUGGGUCGAGACCACAUUGACGUCAUGGCCUUUGACGUCAUGAGCGUGACCGAGACCGCGACCAUCACGACCGCGAUUGACCCCGUCUCCGCCAUGACCCCCAGUGCCACAUCCUUUGCCCGCGCGAUGGUGCGGUGCAUGGGUUAUCGCGGACCCGAUGCCGCGCGGAUCUACCCGUGGUUCCCGCAUGCCGUGUUCAUGGGACUUGUAUGGUAUAACUUGGCGCCUGAGGAAGUGCGAGAAGACACCGGAUCACUCGGACGCGAGCCGUUGCCAAUCGUUUUGAGGCACAUGAGCAGCAGUGCAUUGGGCAAACUUGAGGUUGCCUCGCCCGACACAAGAGAACAAGGCAGAGAACACUCAAAAUCACGCUUCUACAAUCCCACCAGACCCCACGAGAUCGCUAUGGUUGAACGAGCUCUUCCGGUGAUCUGGGCAGACGUCUCACAUGGCUCUAUGCAUCCCUCAGAUCCCCGCAUGUUCUCAAUUCUGGGCUUCGGCACAGCAUACACUGCCUUGUUGGUCCUCGCUGUGGACACCUCUGCCUCUCUCAAGCGGGUAUUGAGGCCCCUUGCCUUACCCGCAGAUGCAUUUAGUUCCGGACUCCCAGAGGAGCAGGCGUAGACUUGGAUACUAUCAAAACACAACUCCUUCAAUCUGUGGCGUAACGCAUAUGCUGCACCACGAGCCUUCUCUGGGUUAUCGAGUACUCCCAUAUUGCCUCAGUAAUAGUGUACAACAACCUGCAAAAGCUAGUACGUGGUCUCAUACUCUACUGGUUCAAAUGAUAUCGAUUCAAAAGAUCCUGCUCUUUUGAAAAUAAAUGAAUCCGUGCUGGUUCUUGCUUUGCACCUGGAAUCUCAUUGUCAGCAUACAAGUUGGGACGGCAACUCAUCAUGAGGUGAUCCCCCAAUCCUUCCCUCGAAACACUGAAGAUAUCAGUGAAUCUCGAAGUGUACAUGAUUCUGCCCACUCGCAAAGGCACCCUAACGAAGUCUUCACCCCUCAUUGAAGGGAGGCAAAGAGGUGAAACCCCAUGUCGGG